AGCAGCAACUGAGCCAGCAGCAGCGGCUACUGAGGUUGUCGAAACUGCUACUGAGGUUGUCGAAACGGCUGUCCCUGCAGAGCGGUCAGCUGAAGCUGAACCAGUCAUUGCGACAGCGAUGGAUAUCACAACGGGAGCCGCAACAGAACUAGCGACCACGGCUCCGGUAGUAGUCGCACCGGUCGCCAGCGCAAGCGAUGCUGAAUCCAACGGGCUGCCACAGGAGAUCCUUGACGAAGCCCUCUGCACGUUUGGGUGCUCCCCACGGCUGUACGCCCACUUGCGGACCGGGUACUACGAGCUGAGCUCCAACCCGGAUCCGAUGCCGGGCUCGACGAAUCACCUUCCGCUCUUGCUCAGCUGGAUCGACCGCGACGGCAACAAGCCGAAAGAGGGGCCAGGAGAGGCGUCUGAAGGGCAAGGCCCGGCGUCGCUGGAUAUGGGUCGCCGCUCCAACGGAAAGGACCCGAUCGUAUACUCUGACUUUGGCGGGGGAUUCUGCUUCAAAUACUCGCCGCAGCUCAUGGUCGAGUGGCUUCCAAGUGGAAUCAACGAGCUGACACAGGAUUUCAAAACCACGGACAUGGAACUCGACGGACACGACGACUACACCCAGCAGCGACGAGAGCAGAUGAUUGCGCUGAUGAAGGAGGCCUUUUGGAAGUGGCGGAUCCGGAAAUACGACUAUGUGAUCGAGGUCGCAUCGAAGCACCGAUUCAAGAUCGGGCUGAAAAGGACCGACGACGAUGCACAGGACGAGCUGGAGAUCCGCGACCUCACGACGGGCGAGCUCGUGGCACGCCUCGCGGAUCUGAGCCAGAUGCUGUGGAUCGAAAACGGACUGCUGGUCUCGCGCACGCUCUUUUUCCAGGUGUGCCGGGUGCAGUGGAAGUUUACGGCAAGCGGAUGAGCCUGCCGGUCGAGAGGGCUUUUGUGGAGCAAAUGGAAGAGACCAUCCGGCCGAGCCGAGCGACAGUGGCCACGACUGCAAUACAGCAAAUCUGGUAUCACAGGCAAAUCUGUUAUCACCGGAGUCGAUGCAC